CAGCUGGCCAAGUCGCUCGCCCGCGGCUUCGAAUUCGUCCAGAGACGUCUCCUUUUUAAAUCCCCUCUGUUCGCUUCCGAGUUCUCUUGCAUCCAUCUCUCGCUAGGGUUUCCGAGUUCUUCUGCGGCCCUCGCUCUCUUAAUCUUGUUCUAUUUCUUUGCAAGAUUGUUGGAGCCUUUGGGUCUUCGCCGCCGCCUUCGAGGCAGAGCGUUUUGUCAUUGAAUAGAGGUGUGGAUGUUUUAAUGGAGUCCAAAGGUGGCAAGAAGAAGUCUAGCAGUAGUAGUUCAUUACAGUACGAAGUUCCGCUCGGCUACAGCAUUGAAGACGUUCGACCGCACGGUGGGAUCAAGAAGUUCCAGUCUGCUGCAUACUCCAACUGCGUGAGGAAGCCAUCUUGAUAUCCUUGUGGAUGCCUUCUUCAGUAGAGUAGGUUUUUCCAAAGUUCUUGUUUUGAAUUCUGCUUUAAACCAACUUCUCUGGCUAGCUGCUUUCUAAUAAGCCAACCUCACUCUCAGUCUCCCUCCUUGUCUUCCUUCCUUCUCCUCCAUCAACCACUCACAUUCUGAUGCUUGAUUCAAUGGCAAUCUUGCCGGUUGAUUCCCCAGACCCUCCCCUGGUCUCACCAAUUGGGUUUGAGGGCUAUGAGAAGCGCCUUGAGAUCACUUUCUCUGAGGCGCCCGUCUUUGUGGAUCCCCAAGGCCGGGGCCUGCGUGCCCUAUCACGGGCCCAGAUUGACUCUAUGCUGGAUCUGGCACGGUGCACUAUCGUGUCUCAGCUCUCAAACAAGGACUUUGAUUCUUAUGUCCUCUCUGAAUCGAGCCUUUUUGUGUAUCCAUAUAAGAUAAUCCUGAAGACCUGUGGGACAACGAAGCUCCUCCUGUCCAUUCCUAGGAUCCUCGAGCUGGCUGAGGAGCUUUCGCUCUCUCUUCUGUCUGCAAAGUACUCCCGUGGGACCUUUAUCUUUCCUGGUGCCCAGCCAUCGCCCCACCGCAGCUUCUCGGAGGAGGUUGCAUUCCUUAAUCAGUUCUUUGGUGGCCUCAGUUCGGGUGGUAAGGCUUAUGUGAUAGGUGAUCCAGCAGUGCCCAACCGUAAGUGGCAUAUAUAUUAUGCCACCCAGAAGCCUGAGCUGCCCAUGGUUACUCUUGAAAUGUGCAUGACUGGACUGAACACUGAGCGGGCAUCGAUCUUCUUCAAAAAUUCAGUGGAUGGACAUUCCUCUUCUGCCAAGGAGAUGACAAAGCUCGCUGGAAUUUCUGAUAUCAUCCCUGAAAUGGAGAUAUGCGACUUUGAAUUUGAUCCCUGUGGGUACUCAAUGAAUGGGAUCCAUGGCCCUUCUCUGUCCACAAUCCAUGUGACCCCUGAGGAAGGUUUCAGCUAUGCUAGUUAUGAAGCCAUGGGGUUCAACCCUGGCUCAUUGGCGUACAGGGACUUGAUUGAGAAAGUUCUCAGGUGUUUUGGCCCUUCAGAGUUCUCUGUUGCAGUUACCAUCUUUGGCGGGCGCGGGCUAGCGGGCACGUGGGGGAAGAAGGUGGAAUUAGAUGGCUAUGCCUGUAAUGAUCUGGUGGAGCAGGACCUGCCAGGUGGUGCUCUGUUGAUCUACCAGAGCUUUUCUGCUUCUGCUGUUACUGCUGUGUCGCCAAGAUCCAUCCUGCAUUUCUGGGAAGGAAAUGAUGUGGAGAAAGCUGGCAAUGAUAAGAAGAUGAUAUACUUUUGAGAAGGCGAGGAGGUGAUGGAGGAGGAAGAUGGGAAAGAUAAGGAGAUGUUCUGAGAGGAUGGUUAUGGUAGUGAAUGCAAGCUUUCUAAAAUUUAGUUGUCGUGUGUUCUUGUGUUCCUGUUAGGCUUUUAGUGAAGCAGCCAGCCAGUCUAUUUGUGUUUGCUUCUGUUAUUAUAUGUGGUAUUUGAGUCUCUCUGUGGUAUGCGACUUUUUAAGUGUUGGAGUCUGAACAAGAGCUCUGGGUGGCUUGCUCUGUCUGCCACAAUGAGCGGUCUGGUUAGAGUUUAAAGGUUUUGGUUUGGUGAUGUUUGAUGUGGUACUCUCUGAACCUUAAUAAAUUUAUAGAGCUUGAAUAAAAUACUUUUGAGGUUGGUUA